AUGUCGGUUACUUUGAAGACAUGGCCUUCGGGUGUGAGCCCGCCUCUGACGACAAAUAAUGACCAUGACCAUAGUGGAUUGGUUGUGGUCAUCACUGCGUUCAAUUUGUGUCUGGUUUUGUUUUCUCUCGGAGCGCGCACCUUCUCUUCGUACCAUAGAAAUAGACUGCAGCGAGAUGAUUAUACAUUUGGGGCUCUUGUGCUUGCAUCAAUCGGCCAGAUCAUUAUCGUGUUUUGCGAGGUUCACUAUGGGUGGGGAACUCAGAUCGAUGGUAUCGAGACCACGAGAAAAGAACAAAUGUUAAAGGUAGGUCGGUGUGGAGGAACCUCUCUAUCUUCUAGGGUACUUAACAAUACGAAGAUAGUGUAUGCUGCCGAUCUCGUUUCUAUCGUUGUGCUCGGCCUUUCAAAGAUGACAGCUUGCAUGUUCUAUGAGGGCCUAUUCGCCCAAAUUCAACUUCGAAUCUCCUACUUUAUGGUUCCGGCAAUGGUCGCGUGGACAUUGCUAUCCGCGCUUCUGUUGGGAAUUCGGUGUUCCUCCAAUCCCUGGUCCAAUAUCAGUGCCGCUGAGUGUAGUGGAUUGCGUCCUCGCUGGGAAGUCAUUACAGCUCUCGAUAUUGCCACCGAAAUUUUGCUUAUUAUUUAUGCGGCACUUGCAAUUUGGGAAGUCAGAAUCUCGACAAAGCAAAAGAUCGUCGUGUUUUGCGCUCUCGAGAGUCGGAUUUUGCUCAUCCCCAUCGCCGCAGUUCGUCUACACUAUGUCCUAGCCCAACUCUCCUCAGAAGAUCCAAGUCUCCUCGGGUCUUUUGCUACGGUCUCAACAGAGAUGUACAUAGGGCUCAGUGCCGUCUUCCUCUUGACAGCCUUUCUCAAAUCUUUCAUUGCAGUCUACGAGGACGAUUUGGGGAUAUCGUAUAGAUAUCGGGGGCCGUCAAAGUCUGAUUCUCGGUCGAGAUCUGCUCAUCCGAAUGAUACACUGUCUCACAGGCUCUCCCGUAGUGUGAGAACAGAGCGAGUUAAGGGCUGGGAGGGAGAAGAAGACCCAAUUAUUGACUCAUCUGAGCAUGUUCAAGGGUUGCAGAUUAUGAAAACCGUACACCUGAGUGUGGAAGACGAGUCUAUAGAGCUACCAACGCGAGGGGGAGCAUCGGGUAUCUGA